GCAAAUUUCCAAUAGCGUGACAAGUAGCUGUUUCAUGGUGGUAAGGUACUAUCGAUGUAUUAGGUGUCUGCCACCAGCAGAACGGUCGCCAAAACAAAACAAAGUCGCGCCUUCAUAGCAUCAUUCAUGCAGUGUUACAUCGCCACAGUCCCCUGGACAUAUGUUGUUGUAUGUAGUACAAGAAAUCCGCAAUGUUUGAGCUGUAUGAUUGCAGCUGCACAUUUUCCUUCUCGGAACAGCAACAGUUCUUGGAGGAUAACGACGACGACUACGACAAGAACAACGGUAUCUCGCAAGAGGAUCAGUAUCCCAGUAGCCUCCAAGAAUUGCUCCUCCUCGGAAACGAACCAGCCAAUACCCUAAAAUCAGAAUCAAGAAGUCCAAGAACUUCCGAGUCAACCGAUACCACUUGCAACAUGGCUUCCUUUGAACGAAGUGACUCGGACAAGAGUCUGGGUGUUCAUGCCUGCAUUAGUGCAGAUCAGAACGAUAGCAAGGAUAAUUUGCCCGAGGAAGACCCACCCGAGCUACAAGGAGUCCGGUCAUCCUCCAACACGCUGUCUCGUUUGCUCCGAUCUUCCUCGAUUACGUCUACCGAGUCUCCGCAUUGCCCCAUCUGCCUCGAUCCCAUGACACCCAUUGAUCACCAGCAUCCCUUGCAGUGUCCCACACGACAUUGUCACUACAACUUUUGCACGUCGUGUGUCCAAUCCUUGCUCUCCAGUUCCAAAGAUGACUUUGAAAUGGCCAGUGAUGGCAAUGCUCAUGUCAAGAUUUAUCUGCACUGUCCCAACUGCCGGGCGGACUUGAGUACCACCUUUCGAGAUGUUCUCUUGUUGCGGAAAGUCGAUAUGGUACAUUGGUUAUUGGCACAACGCAGCAGCCAAUACAGGGAACUGACACCCUCCCAACAACGCACUCAGGCUGCCAUGCAGGAACUGCACGUCCAAGAAGCCAUCCAGGCGGCUCGGGAAAAAGAGGUCAUCUUUUGGAAGACGCAUCAUCGUGAUAGUAUGAGCUUUGGUAGUAACAGUCUCCUUCUGGACGAUGAAGAGGACGACCUGAGUGAGCACAAACAUGAUGAUACCACCGGUGAGCAGCUCUUACGGCAGUCCAUGCAUCGGUACGAAUCCAGUCGUCGACUACGAGAUGGAUCGUUUUCCUAUGAAGAAUGGGGAGUGGAGGCAGAUUUGGAUAAUGGCGUUCAUUCGUCCUUUCGAGCACACAACACUCAAGGGGAUGAUAGUAAGACGCAGUCAUCUUCCAAAAAGUAUGACAACAGUGCAAGCAGCAAGCCGGCGUCCUUUCGCAAGCCCCUGGAUGAAACUCUUUUGCAAGGAUUGGAAAAGUGCAUGACCCAUGCCGAGCAACUCCAAGUGACGCACUGGAUGACUUCGGGCAAUCCGGAUCUGUUGGCACAAGCGGCUCAAACCUUGCGAAAGAUUGAAGAGGAUGCCAGACACGGAGUCAUGCCAGCGGACCGACAAAAGGUAAUGAACCGAAGAGGCUCCGUCUUUGAAAUAGUGGAAGAGACACGCCAAUUGGAGGAAAACCCAAAACCACCACCAGGAUCCCCACGCGCUAAUAAUGGUGGCAAUGUCAUGGACAGUUUUGCACGCCGCAUGACUCCACGACAGCGACAACAGCUUCUGAUGAAACAACAGCGGGCAGAACAUGUCAAGUUGGAAAUGGCCAUGGCUGCGAGGGCGUCCAUUUUGGAACGUUGUCCUCUCCCGGUUCGAAUGCCCAAGGCCAUGGUCCUGGAACUGAAUCAAGAUCCCGACGGAAGAAGAUUCCCACUGCGAUUCUGUAACGACAACUGGGAUGGCACGGUCUUGGAUGCCUACAGCAAACUUACUGUCAAUGCCGUUGGGAGGCGUGCCUUGGCAUCGUCGCCAACCGGAAGCCCUUGGACCGUGACCAAAAAAGCUCAAACGUCGCAUGAGGGUGUGUUCCAUGUGUUGAGCCAGGGACAGUAUCAGCGACAUUACGGUGAAGUGCAACUGACCAAGUAUGGAGAAACACCACCGAGGGUGUUGGUCGCGUCGGUCCAAGGCACGGCUGGAAGGCAGGGUGUCAUGAAGGGAGACGUCGUCACUCACAUUGAUGGGGUCGCGCUGGACAAUGAUGAACGGUCUGUCGAAUCACUCGUGGCAUUGCUGCGGGCGAAGCGACAGGACGGCCAAGAAACCGUCCAGGUUGUGUUGAAUGGUGAGGCUUCCAUUGCCGAAGCUUUGAGCCGACGUGCGGUCGUCAUGGAGGAAUUCCUGAACGAUUGAAGGAUUGGUUAAACAUCCAAAGAAACAAAGCCAACAAUGAAGGACCGAAUGAAUCACUAGCUAGUGUACGGUAGCGCUGCAUAAUUCCAUAACUGCUUCCAUUACU